GUUUGCUCUACAUCGCCGGUGGACUCUGAAAUCAUUCCCUGUCAAGGUCAAUUGUCGGUAGAGGAAGCAUGAGUUGUGCAUGGCCCCAUUGAUCACUCUGCGUCCCCGAUUCCCUUCGCGCGUCUGGACCUGAAUGUGGCAGGGACCGCUUCCGACUGACCGCGAUUUGCGAUCUUGACCAACCUUGACCACCUUUAUCGAAUCCCUUAUCGUCCUCAUAUACUCCGGAAUACUUUGUACCGUCUGGACGGCCCCAUGAGUUUCCGACAUAGCCAGUCCGGGCGACCAACCACGCCUAAUACCCCCCCGCAUCGCACCAACCACUCAUCCUUUGCCAGCUCGUCGUCGGCAAAUUCGUCGUUUCGUGGGGAGGAAGAUGCGAUCAUCCUGGAGAUAGGUUCGCGAUGGCUGCGGGCGGGGUUUGAAGGGGAGAGUGCGCCGAUGUGUGUCGUGGGAUGCGGUCCUGAGGACUCGCGCCGGGCGGGGGACUACCGAGGCUUUCUGCACACCACCCACGACGGGGUGACAGCGGCCUCAGGCUCCCAAGAUCCGGAGGACUGGGCGAGCGCUUAUGAGCUGUGGAAAAUGGAUUUACGUGACCUCGACCUUGGGUUGGUCGAGGAUCGCAUUGAGCGGACGAUCCGCGAGACAUACAACAAAUACCUCCUGACGGACGCCGGGACGUCGCGGCUCGUCUUAUCCUUGCCCUCGGUGAUGCCGUACCCGUUACUCUCCGCACUCCUGUCGUCUCUCUUCAGCCGGUGGCGCUUCCCGAGCAUCACCCUCUUACCGACGCCGGCCAUGGCGGUCCUGGCAGCUGGGCUGCGGUCCGCCCUCGUGGUCGACAUUGGAUGGGCGGAGACCGUGGUGACGGGGGUCUACGAAUACCGAGAAGUGGCGACGAAACGGAGCACGCGCGCUACAAAGCGCCUACUGCAGGAGACGGGGAAGAUGCUGACGGCGCUCUCCCCCAAAGGCACCGCACCGCCCCGACCCGCGAAUGAGAUAUCGGCCGACUUUGAACUAUGUGAAGAGGUGGUGAGUCGAUUUGCCUGGGCAAGGCCUCGGGGGGACGACCCCGAACUCUCGUCCGUCCUCCAGAAGACCGUCUCGAUCCCAUGCCCGUCCAGCCCUUCCACCUACAUAGACGUCCCCUUUGCCAAAUUCGCCAGCCCCGUGGGAGAUGUGUUCUUUGCGGACGGCGUCGCGGAGAACCAACUGGACGACGAGGAAAAAUCGCUGCCGCUCCUGGUCUACCACGCGCUUCUGGCGCUGCCCCCGGAUGCGCGUGGCCUCUGCAUGUCCCGCAUCGUGUUUGUCGGGGGCGGGUCCCACGUCGCGGGGAUCCGAUCGCGGGUCCUGGCCGAGGUCGCGUCUCUGCUCGAUCAGUACGGGUGGAGCGCCGUCCGCGGCCAGGCGAUCGAGAAGCAACGGCAGCAGCUGCAACGACUGAGUCUCGCCCCCCGCGCAACCUCCCCGGCCCAUGGCACCGAGAGCCCGGCUGUCGCGGAGGAGGAGAUCGACCCGGUCGAGCAGAAGCUCCAGCGGAACAAGGACAAGGACAGCCAGCCCCCGGUUCAGGGCGUCCUACGCGAGGUGGAAUCCCUGGGCGCGUGGGCGGGGGCCAGUCUCGCGACGAGCCUUAAGAUUCGCGGGGUGGUGGAGAUCGAGCGGGAGAAGUACCUGCAACACGGACUGGCGGGGGCCAGUCGGGAUCUCGAGUCCCACGGACAUGUCCCCGAUCGACGGUCGGGACUGCGCGCGGGUGGGGAUCGGUCGAGUUGGACAUUGGGGGGAUGGGGAUAA